CCAAACUCCUGUGUGUGCAAGGAUGGCAUCCAUAAUGGAAGGUCCGCUGAGCAAAUGGACUAACGUCAUGAAAGGCUGGCAGUACCGCUGGUUUGUUUUGGAUUACAAUGCCGGGCUGCUGUCCUACUACACGUCCAAGGAUAAGAUGAUGCGUGGCUCCAGAAGAGGUUGUGUUCGACUGCGGGGAGCUGUAAUAGGUAUCGACGACGAGGACGACAGCACGUUCACCAUCACCGUGGACCAGAAGACGUUUCAUUUCCAAGCUCGUGAUGCUGAUGAGAGGGAGAAGUGGAUCCACGCCUUAGAGGGCACUAUUCUCAGACAUACCCUACAGCUGCAGGAGACAGAGGCAGGAUUUGUGCCCAGUGUACAAGAUUUUGACAAGAAACUGACGGAGGCAGAUGCAUACCUGCAAAUUCUGAUUGAUCAAUUAAAGCUUUUUGAUGACAAAAUAAAGGACUGCAAAGUAGAUGAGUGUCGUCGCAAGAUUGAAAACCUUAAGGAAUCUACAUGUACUAUGGUAGAAUCCAUUAAGCACUGCAUUGUAUUGCUGCAAAUUGCCAAGAGCACCAUCAACCCAGUGGAUGGGAUUUAUCCUCUCGGUCCGUUGCAGUCAUCUACAGUCCACAAUAUGCCCACCCAGAGCACUGCCCCCUCAGAUGUCGCCCAGACGGGACAGGCAGAUGAACGACCAUCCUCGCUUGCUGUUGGACCUGUGAGCAAUGCCUCUGGCAGCCUGCAGACCCCCACACCCAACAGCACAGCCAGCUGCCUCUCUGGCCCCAGCAGUGGGGUAGCCUCCCCAUGUCAUGCCAGCGUACCGCCAAGCACGGUCCCCGAGUUCUCCUACUCCAGCAGUGAAGAUGAGUUCUAUGAUGCUGAUGAGUUCCACCAGUCCAGCACCUCCCCUAAGCGUUGUGAAUCUUCCUCGGUUUCUCCAGUUGCAAGUGGUGCAAGAACAGGACUCAAACGCCCUGAUACCAAUGACUCCCUCAACUCGUCCUUGUCCAAUGGCACCACUGACACAGAAUUGUUUGACAGCCAUGAUGACCGUGAUGAUGAGGGAGAGGGAGAGUCUGUGGAAGAGCACAAGAGUGUCAUCAUGCACCUUCUCUCCCAGGUGCGCUUAGGCAUGGAUCUUACCAAGGUAGUUCUGCCCACAUUCAUUCUGGAGAGGAGGUCUUUGUUAGAGAUGUAUGCUGACUUCUUUGCGCAUCCAGACCUGUUUGUUAGCAUUGCAGAUCAGAUGGAACCUAGAGAACGUAUGGUCCAGGUGGUGAAGUGGUACCUCUCAGCCUUCCAUGCUGGACGCAAGGGCUCUGUAGCCAAGAAGCCCUACAACCCCAUCCUGGGCGAGAUCUUCCUCUGCCAUUGGGACCUGGCUGUGGAGGGCGAGGAGGCCACAGAGCCCGUGUGCGAGGGCCCAGUACCAUGGUGUGGGAAGAACAGCGUGUCACUUGUGGCCGAGCAGGUCUCCCAUCACCCUCCCAUUUCAGCAUUCUAUGCUGAGUGCUACAGCAAAAAGAUCCAGUUCAAUGCCCACAUCUGGACCAAGUCAAAGUUCCUCGGGAUGUCAAUUGGAGUCCAUAACAUUGGCCAAGGUUGUGUGUCCUGCCUGGAACAUGACGAGCACUACAUUCUUACCUUCCCCAAUGGCUACGGCAGGUCGAUCCUGACUGUCCCCUGGGUGGAAUUGGGAGGAGAGUGCAGCAUUUCCUGUUCCAAGUCUGGCUACAGCGCCAACAUCGUGUUCCACACAAAGCCAUUCUACGGCGGCAAGAAGCACAGGAUAACAGCAGACAUUUUUACUCCUAAUGAUAAGAAACCUUUCUGCUCCAUUGAGGGAGAGUGGAAUGGAGUAAUGCAUGCCAAGUGGACUUCAGGGGAGACUUCAGUAUUUAUUGACACAAAGAAAAUGGGCAUCAUCAAGAAGAAGGUCAGAAAGUUGGAGGACCAGCUGGAUUAUGAAUCCCGCAGACUGUGGAAAGAUGUGACCUUAAAUCUGAAGCUGAAGGACAUUGAUGCUGCUACAGAUGCUAAACACCAGCUGGAGGAGAGGCAGAGAGCUGAGGCACGAGAGCGGAAGGAGAAGGAGGUGCAGUGGGAAACCAGGUUGUUCCACGAGGAUGGGGAGUGCUGGGUGUACGAUGAACCACUGCUGAAAAGGAUGGCAGCACCAAGGCGCUAAGGAUGCAGCAAAAAGAGAAUACAGAACAUAGUGGAUGCAAAAGAAAUGAACUACUUCAUGAGCCACUUCUCAAGCAAGCCACUGAAUACUUGAUGACAGAAAUGCAUUGAGCACUGGCUGUUUAAAAGAAACUGAAGUGAAGAAAUGCAGCCCAUCGAAUAAUGUGAACGGUCCUUUCCGGGGAAACGCAUCUUCCCUGAGUCCCGACACCACACCCACACCUAACUUGAGAGUUCAAAUGAGUGCUGACACUAUGUAAGCACUCACUUUACCACGGGAUGAUUUAUCUUCUUACAAUGUCCCCUUUAACAUGAGGGUGGUAAGGUGUUUUGACUGAACAUAGAGUGCUCCGCAUCUCAGGGACAGUGGUGACUGAAGCAAUGACUGCUCAGUCUGCUGUUUGGAAUGCUCCUUCAGUGAGUGCAAGAGCAAAGAGCUUGUCUUGACUACAGCUGCUUAUAGCCAGCUAUAAGUAAUACAAACUGUGUAUAUUAUUUUCCUUCCUUCUUGGCAAUAUUAUAUCUGAAACAUAUGGCUGAAAUCAGUGUAUACUCAAUGUUUUCUUUAUAUAUUGCCAUAAUGAUUUUCCACUUGUAUGCUGAGGGUGACCUGAAAAGGAGGUUAACUUGAAUACUCUGACUGUUUAACACUGUUUAAAAAAAAA